AUGGAACGAUAUAAUAUAAAUAUAUAUUUUGUUUUAUCGAUAUGGUUUAUUCAAUCUUUCGAAUUAUACGUGGAAUUAAUUACAUACAAACGUUAAUCCAUAAAGAUAAUAUUUAGUAGAUCUUAUUUUGACAUUGUGGAAUAAAGGAGAUGCAUCUGACGUAGGCUAAUAAUACGUUCUUAUAGUAUUAAUAAUAAUGCAUUUUUGUUAAUUGAUUCAUGACUCCCAUCGUAAUUGUACUAUCAUUAAUGCACGCUAUGUUAAACGAUUUCAAAAAGUCCGCUGAUUUUUUGUUAGACCGAUUCGUCGGUAUAUGUUUCUCAAUGAUUGACGUGUGACUGUACAGAGGGCGCCACUGAUAUCUAAACAUUGCGAUUAAGUGUGUAUUUUAUAUCGAAUUUUAAAUGUCGCAAUCCUAUGAAAAAAAUUAUAAUUCAAGCUGUCUACGUUCGCGUUUGUUCCUCUACAUCUCGUAAUUAUUUAAAUUCGAUACAAGUCACGUUAUACAAAUGAAUACAAAAAUUUUUAAUCUUACAAAUAGUCGAAAUAGUAUAUUCGCAAACAUAUUAUUGCAAAAAAUGAAUAACAUGACACAAACAAAACCUAUAGAAUCAUCGAUAAGAAAGAAACUGAAAGAAUCGCUUGAUCCAUAUUUCAUUGAUGUUAUCAAUGAAUCUUAUAUGCACAAUGUACCUAAAGGAUCAGAAACACAUUUUAAAGUAGUUGUUGUUUCUGAACAGUUUGAUGAUAAACCUCUGAUCAUGCGUCAUCGUAUGGUACACGAUUUAUUAAAAGUUGAAUUACAUGACAUACAUGCACUUUCCAUCGUAGCAAAAACACCUGAACAAUGGGAAAAAAGUAAUAAAACAUUUACGCCUAGCCCUGCAUGCAGAGGAGGUUUUGGAAAAUGAUAUGCAACAGUACAUAGAGAUUGUAUAUAAUAUAGAUAUGAAUAUUGAAAUAUACUGAAUAAAAUUUAAUAAAAUAA